UGCGAAGAGAAGCUUCUCUUCACUGAUCAACUUUCUUGCAAAUUGAUAUUUUUUCCGUUCCAUGUGACUUCAACACUUCCAUGGGCUUGUACAAUUGUAAUCAUCUAGAUAUUACUAACAAUUAACUAAUCGAAAUAGCCAAAAAUGAAAAAUAAUAAAUCUUCUGCACAAUAACACUGAUCAUUGCUGCAUUAUCAUUGAAAUCGGCAAAUUAACUCUUUCAAGUCAACUCCUUUCAUCAACUCCUAUGUAAAAGUUAAAUACUCAGAAUAACCCAGAAAUGGAUUCAGUGAGAUAAUUAAUCAAAAUUUGAAGGUAUUCCAUUAUAUCUGUUUAUGAGCAUUUAAUCUGUAACCUGAACCCAAUUAAUUGAUUCACUAGAAACCAUAACGUUCUCAAGCUAUUGUAAAGGCAAGGAUUUGCAUUAAACUGUAAACAAUGAGUCAAGAAGAGCAGACGAGUUUGGUUGUUUUUUAUGGUUGUUGUUCAUCUAACCAUAUUUGUUAUAAAUUUAAAGUUGUUAUUGAAAGCCAAUCACACCACAAUCAAAUGAAUUAAUGAAUGACAUGUUAACCAUCUGAACGGCGAUUCAAUAAAAACCGGCCUAAAAACUAUGUCAAUCCACUAAGUCAGCAAUGUUUGGAUCCUGUUUGGUGAGUUAAGAGGCUCAUCAUCUUCUGGUCAAUCAACGGCAACUGGUCCAUCUUCAUUUUGUGAAAAUAUUGUGCCAGGAUUGGAAACAAUAGCCAGAGGAGUUGAUAUUACAAAAUUUGAUCUACUACACGACUACGGUGUUGACGCUUCUGAUGGAUUUGCUGAAAACCUUUUUGAUUUUACUUGUCGCAAGUUCCGUAAGUUGACCAUUGGCGGUAAAGAAUACGAUGUACCAGACCAAAUACAAAACAUUAAAAAUAUUGAACAACAGGAAUCAACUGUUCCUCAAACCUCUGAAGUUCGUUUAUUCGAGGAUUUCCGUAUUCUCAAGAAUCAUCUCUCCUCAGCUGUUGGUUUAGGCCGUACCUCAGCCAAAGGAUGGUUUUCAGAAACACAGUCACUCUCACAUUUUCAACGAAUCAUGAUAAAUUCAUCCUACUCUUUGGUAACAAUGGAAGCCACUCUACCUUUAUUCACAGUUAAUAUGCCUUCCAAACUUCCUCUUCGACGUUAUCUAUCUGAAUUUCUUUCCGAUUACUUGGAACAAGAGUUACCUGAAAGCUAUGAAAGUGAUCCAACUCGGUACCUUGAUUUUCUUAAAACCUAUGGAACUCAUUAUUUUCGAACAACUACACUUGGUGGAAGCAUUAAAUUUUGGUCUGAAGUUGAACCAGUGUUGAAAAAUGGUUUACCCUCUGGUCAGCUUCAAGCUAAGGCUCAAUCAUUGUAUGAAAAUUUGUUGGUUAAUUUUGGUGUAUCAGAUGGAAACACGGAUAACUCAUUGGACGAUUUUUCAAUGGCUUUAAUGAAAUCGACCCACGCAAGGGUUUAUGGUGGGGAUACUAGUCUAUACAGGACUCGAGGAUUCAAAGCCUGGAAAGAUUCACUGGUGAAAGAUCCAAAAUUGGUAUCAGGGUUGUUGUCACCAAUAACUGAUCUUGUCAAAGAUAACAAUAAACGACAGCAAUUAUCCAAAGCAAUUGACAUUUAUCUGGCAAUGGCCUAUCUUCAAGAGUCUCGUCGCUUGUUACAAGUCUAUCUCAUUGUUUUACCAAUCAAAGUCAAGGAAAAUAUUGAAAACUUGAUGAAAAGGAUUGAUGCAAUUCAAUCUAUGGAAAUUGCGACUUACGAUACGGUCAAACAGCUUUUAGACCAACUGUAAUCUUAAUCAAGGCAGGAUUGACAUCCAUUGAAACCUCAUUUCAAAACAAAUUUAAUUUAUUCAUUUAUUUAUUCAAUUUACUUAAUAAGUAUUCCAAAUUAAAAAAUGGGAAUUCUUCGAUUUUCUAA